UAAGUCCCACGUACAUCCCACACCGUUGUAGAAAGUCAUCACCCUUACACACUAGCUUUUCUCUCUAUCUCUCCAUCCUGUGCUGCUUCCAUCUCUUCUUCAUCUCUCUCUGUCAAUGUAAAAGCACCGAAAAGCUCAGAAAAAUUGCUUCUUUCUCUUCAAAACAUACCCUAAAAAGUCCAAUCCAUGGCUUCUCAUAGUGUUGUCUUGCUCUUCUUUACCUACAUUUCUUUGUUCACCAGCCUCUGUUUCGCUGACGAUCCGUUUGUUAGCUACGAAUUUGAGGUUUCUUACAUUACUGCUUCACCUCUAGGUGUGCCGCAACAGGUUAUUGCCAUUAAUGGUAAUUUUCCAGGGCCUACCAUUAAUGUAACUACUAACAACAAUGUUGUCGUCAAUGUACGGAACAAAUUAGAUGAGGACCUUCUCAUGACUUGGGCUGGUAUUCAUCAGAGGCGAAGUUCUUGGCAAGAUGGGGUAUUGGGCACGAAUUGCCCGAUUCCUUCCAAGUGGAAUUGGACUUACCAAUUCCAAGUGAAGGAUCAGAUUGGGAGUUUCUUUUACUUCCCGUCGACCAAUUUUCAAAGGGCCUCUGGUGGUUAUGGUGGAUUUAUCAUUAAUAAUAGGCCUAUAAUUCCGAUUCCUUUUGCGACCCCAGAUGGAGAUAUCACGAUUAUGAUUGGUGAUUGGUUCACUCGAAACCACACGGCUUUGAGGAGGGCCCUUAAUGGAGGUAAAGAUCUUGGGAUGCCGGAUGGUGUUCUUAUUAACGGGAAAGGCCCUUACAAAUAUAACUCUACACUUGUCCCUGACGGCAUUGACUAUGAAACAAUUGAUGUCCACCCAGGCAAAACGUAUCGAUUUCGUGUAAGCAAUGUUGGAGUGUCAACUAGUUUGAAUUUCAGAAUCCAGAACCAUAACCUGCUUUUAGCAGAAACAGAGGGAUCAUAUACAGUACAGCAGAACUACACUAGCUUAGAUAUUCAUGUUGGACAAUCUUAUUCUUUCUUGGUAACCAUGGAUCAGAAUGCAAGUACUGAUUACUACAUUGUAGCAAGUGCCAGGUUUGUGAAUGAAUCACUCUGGCAAAGAGUUACUGGUGUUGCUAUCUUGCACUAUUCAAAUUCGAAAGGGAAGGCAUCUGGUCCUCUUCCGGACCCACCAAAUGAUCAAUAUGACAAAACCUUUUCAAUGAACCAGGCCAAAUCCAUCAGGUGGAAUGUAUCCGCCAGUGGUGCUCGUCCCAACCCACAAGGCUCCUUUAGAUAUGGCUCAAUCAACGUGACUGAUAUUUAUGUGUUGAAAAACAAGCCACCUGUGACAAUCAACGGGAAAAGGCGGACAACACUUAGUGGGAUCUCAUUUGUCAAUCCCGCCACACCAAUUAGGCUUGCUGACCAAUUCAAAUUGAAGGGAGUGUACAAGCUUGAUUUCCCUCAUAGGCCAAUCACAGGACCUCCUAAGAUGGAAUCAUCAAUAAUCAAUGGUACAUAUAGAGGAUUUAUGGAAAUUAUAUUGCAAAACAAUGACACCAAGAUGCAAAGCUAUCACCUGGACGGAUAUGGCUUUUUUGUGGUUGGGAUGGAUUAUGGUGAGUGGACAGAGAAUAGCAGGGGCACAUACAACAAGUGGGAUGGUGUUGCUCGAACCACAACACAGGUUUUCCCUGGGGCAUGGACAGCAAUCUUAAUCUUCCUUGACAAUGUUGGAGUUUGGAAUUUGAGAACAGAAAACCUUGACACAUGGUAUCUUGGGCAGGAAACGUAUAUCAAGAUUGUCAAUCCAGAGGCCAGUAACAAAACUGAGUAUCCCAUGCCAGAUAAUGCGCUUUUUUGUGGUGCCCUCAGCAAAAUGCAAAAGCCUCAAGACAUCUCUUCGGCAACAUCCAUCAUGGGUAAUCAAUCAAAACUGUUCUCGAGUCUGGUAAUGAUGAUAUGUGCUGUAAUUUCCAUUUUUCACUGAACAUUGUCCAUCGGGAUGUCUCCUUCGUGUUUCUUGUCGGAGCCUGGCUUGCUUAGUGAGGUUUGUGGUUGUGAGUGUUUAGGUGUGUAAUUCUAGUUUUGUUGAUAUGAAUCUUUAGUAGUUUUGAGGGACAAUUUUUUCAUUCCUGAUGUAGUACAUGCUCCAGGGAUCCUAGUUUAAUUUAUUGGGAUUUAUCAUUCUUUUAUAACCUAUAAAUUUCAUCUAAUAAUGAUAAUUCAUCUAUUUUCACAUACAAUUUGACUA